AUGCUCAAGUCAGCUAUCUACCACUAUGUGAAAACUGUCGUAUCGGCUGUAGCAAAGGGAGAUAUACCCUUGUCAGCCAGUCAAUGGCAACAGAUACGCGGAACCGCAUUCUCGUCGCUUUGGCUUGAAUUUUCUGCUCCCAAGCCUCCGGGUACACCUCCAUCUAUUUCAGCGGGACUGAUACCCCCGAUCCUGUCUCAAGCAACGGGGGUCGUCUUAGAGGUUGGACCCGGGAGUGGCUCGCAGAUGUCAUCUCUCAAGGGACCCCAAAUAACCAAAAUAUAUGGUGCCGAACCCUGUGUCGAUCUUCAUGAGAAGCUUCAGUCACAAGCCAAUGACCAAAAUAUGCAAGAUCGGUAUCAAAUUCUUGCCGCAGGCGCAAGUACCGACCAAAUUGUCAAGGAGCUUCUUCGCGGCGGGUUUAUCACCUCUUAUAGCGAAGGAGAUACUCUGUUCGACACCAUAAUCUGCGUUCGAGCUCUAUGCAGCAUUUCAGAUCCACAGACUGUAGCCUCUGAGCUCUACAAACUUCUCCGCCCAGGAGGCCGCAUGUUGAUUUGCGAACAUGUGGCAAACCCGUGGACCAAGCCGAAGGGAAGUAUUGUGGCCCGAAUCGUUCAGCAAGUAUACAUGAUCUGUGGCUGGGCAUUUUUCAUUGGCGAUUGCCGUUUGAACCAGGAUACGGCUCGAAUCUUGAUCAAGGCUGCGGAGGAGGAUGGUGGAUGGGCAGAGAACAAUUUGGAGAUAGCUGCGUCAUUCUCGACAUUCCCAUACUUGCAUGGUGUGCUGGUUAAAAGAACUUGA